AUGCAAUUCUUUUCUUUCUUUCUUUCUUUCUUUCUUUCUUUCUUUCUUUCUUUUUCUUGCUUUCUUUCUUUCUUUCUUUCUUUCUUUCUUUCUUUCUUUCUUGCUUGCUUGCUUGCUUUCUGUCUUUCUUUCUUUCUUUCUUUCACUUUCUUUCCUUCUUUUAUUUUUUCUUUAUUUGUUACGUUUUUUCUUAUUCUCUUUUUCUUUCCUUUCAUUUUUUUUUUUUUAUUUUUUGUUUUGUUUUUCCUUCUUUCUUUCUUUCUACUUUUUUCUUUUACUUUCUUUCUUCUUUUCUUUUACUUUCUUUUUUCUUUUCUUUUACUUUCUUUCGUCUUUUCUUUUACUUUCUUUUUUCUUUUCUUUUACUUUCUUUUUUCUUUUCUUUUACUUUCUUUUUUCUUUUCUUUCUUUCUUUCACUUUCUUUCCUUCUUUCUUUUAUUUUUUCUUUAUUUGUUUCGUCUUUUUCUUAUUCUCUUUUUCUUUCCUUUCAUGUUUUUUUUCUUUUUCUUUCUUGUCUUUCUUUAUGUUUUGUUUUGUUUUUCCUUCUUUCUUUCUUUCUUUCUUUCUUUCUUUCUUUAUUUAGUUUCCCUUUUUCUCUCUUUUCAUGUUUUUUUUCCUUUUCUUAUGUCUUUCUUUAUUUUUUGUUUUAUUUUCCUUCUUUCUGUCUUUUUCUUUCUUUCUUUCGUUUUCUUUUUCUUUCUCAUUCUCUUUUUAACUUUUUUCAUGUUUUUCCUUUUCUUUCUUUCUUUCUUUCUUUCUUUCUUUCUUUCUUUUUCUUUCCUCCAUUUCCUUUCACGCUUUUUCCUUUUCUCAAUCCUUUCUAUAUUUUCUUUCUUUCUUUUUCUUUUUGUCCUCAUUUUUUCCUUUUCUUUCGUUAUUCUUUUUUUUUUGUUUGCGCUUUGCUCUUCCUUUCGAUUUUUUCAGACUUUUUCUUUCGUUUUGUUUUUCUUCUUAUUUUUUCUUUCUUACUUUUUUCUCUCUUCCGCUUUCAUUUUUCUUCAGUAUUUUCGUUUUUCGUCUUUUUGCUUUCACAUCUUUCGUUUUUCAUUAUUUUUUCGCUCUUCUUUUCUUUUCUUCUUUCUUUCUUUCUUUCUUUUUCUUUCUUUCUUAUUUGCUUCAUGUUUCUUUUCUUUCAUCUUUUUCCAUUUACUUUCGUUUUUCAUCAAUUUUUCGCUUGUUUCUUUUUUUCAUUUCUUUAUUUUCUUUCGCUUUCUAUUUUUCUUUUUUCCUUUCUUUCUCCUUCUUUCUUUCGCCAUUUCCUCCUUUCUCUCUCUGUCUUUCUUUUUGUCUUUCUUUCAUUUUAUGAUUAA